AUGGUUCUCGCUUUUGUGCUAAAAGAAAUUAACAUUUUUGUUUUUUUAUUUUCUUCUACAGAGCACAAGGUAAUCAUUGUUGGACUUGAUAAUGCAGGAAAGACAACUAUUCUUUACCAGUUCUUAAUGAAUGAAGUGGUUCAUACAUCUCCAACUAUAGGAAGUAAUGUAGAAGAAAUCGUUGUAAAGAAUACCCACUUCUUGAUGUGGGACAUUGGAGGCGAAUCCCUGCGAUCCUCCUGGAACACCUACUAUUCCAACACAGAGUUUAUUAUCCUGGUUGUGGACAGCACAGACAGAGAGCGACUUUCUAUCACUAAAGAAGAACUCUACAGAAUGCUAGCUCACGAGGAUUUGCGGAAGGCUGCAGUUCUCAUCUUUGCAAACAAGCAGGAUAUGAAGGGGUGCAUGUCGGCAGCAGACAUUUCUAAAUACCUCACCCUUAGCUCCAUAAAAGAUCAUCCAUGGCAUAUUCAGUCCUGCUGCGCCCUCACAGGAGAAGGGUAUGUACAUUGUAGUGCUCUCUGCAUAUUAACAGGACUUUGUUUAUAUCAUAACAAUUAUGGUGCUUUGCUGAUGCACCUACCUGCACCAGCCCGCUGUGGAUUCUGGCUCACCAAAUGGUCUGUCCUUCACUGCAAGCUUAAUUCCACAAGAAAUAGGAGCUGCUUUCCCCAAUAA